UCCGGUGAUUUCCGCAUGAGUGACUUUGGGGGGAGGGUGGUCAAAGUUCCAGGUACAAAGUCAACAAACAGCCACAUUCUUAAGAUGAAGGAUCCUAUCGGCACCUGCUCUUACAACCGACUCUAUCAAAAUGUGAAACAAUUUUCCAAGACCGGCGAGUACUUCUGCAAAGAACUUAUGACCGUUUUUCAGCAAAGGGCUGAGAUGGAACUUACUUAUGCCAAAGGACUACAAAAGCUUGCUGGGAAACUUAUCAGGGCCUCCAAAGGAAUGUCAAAUAAUUCCACCUACGGCGCCUGGUGUCAUGUGUCGGAUGAGAUGUACUCGAGAGCGGAUGCCCACAGAUCGUUGGGAAAUGCAUUUCAGCAAGAAGCAAUCCUGGAAAUACGACAGGUGUUAGACGAGCAUAAUAAGAGGAAGAGGCCUCUUGACAACGCCAUUGAAAGAACUGGAAAACUGGUCACGGCCAAUUGGAGUGAACAGCUUAAGAUGAAAAAGAAAUUGCUCGGAUUAACAAAAGAGCACGAGGCUUUGUUCAACUUUGUUGAGACCAACAGGCAAAUGUGCACAGAAAAGGAGAAACAAAAGAUGCUGAACAGGCUGACUAAGUCAGCGGAGAUGCAGGCGCGGGUGGAUGAGGAGUACUUCAAUGUCAACAUGGAGGGUCAUCAGAUGAGACUCAAGUGGGAAAACACGCUGAAAAACUGCUACCAGAUCAUUCAGGAGUUGGAGAAACAGCGAAUAGAAGUCCUCUGCAGCAUGUUGAGUAGAUACAACCUCCACAUGUCCAGCUUUGGGCAGAUCAUCAAACAUGGCCAACGGCAGAUAGAAGAGACCGUCCAGAGGGUGGACAUGGAGACGGACAUCCAAACCCUGGUGAAGGAAAACAGCAUCACGGCUGAAGACCACAAAGCGGAGUUUUUGAUGGCUGAUUAUUUUGAGGAGGACAGCAAAUCCCUGAUGGCCAAAGACCGAAGAAAAGAGGCCAUAAAACUCAAAGUUCAGCGCCUGGAGGACACGAUUACCAAAACAAAGAAAGACCGAGAAGGAAUUGAAAAACUGAUGAGAACAUAUUCUGAGAAUCCAUGUUUUUCAAACCAAAAGAACCUUGAGGAGACUGAACUGCAGAUUGACGAGACGACCCUAAAACUGGAUCUCCUUGAAGCCACACUCUGCAAACUCUCUGUAUCACUGUCUGAGUUGGAGGGGCAACCCAAGGCCCAUCACCGUUUUAGUGAAAGCAUUGUGAAAUGGAAAGAUAAGGACUGCGAGCACAGCGUCGUUCAACUGACUCGUCCGGUCAAGCUCAGGAGGACGCCGUUCAGAUCCCGACAGUCCCUGCGAGCGUCCAUCAUCUACAAAGGGCCCGUCGAGUUUGGGACGCGGCUCAAGUCCGUGGACGCUUUACCGAGCGCGGACGACAGAGGCCCGUCGCCAGUUUCAGCGCACGAGACGGCGGGUGUGGAGUGUGGGAGUGCCGUUAACGGACACCCGCCGCGCACAGAUGACGGCAAAGAACAAGCUGAAAUGGCGCUGGAGCCGUGCAGCGUGGGGACAUGCAGAGCCGUGUACGACUUCACGCCGGAGGGGGACGAUGAGCUGACUUUGAAAGAAGGAGAUGUCCUUGACAUUUACAGAAAAGAGGAGAACGGUUGGUGGUUUGGCGAACUUCUCAAGAAGAAAGGCUAUUUUCCUUCCACCUAUGUGGAGGAGCUGCCGGCGUUGAGCAGCGUGGAAUCAUCGGAUGCCUGACUGAUGUCACGGACUUAGCAGAGUUGCAGAAGACACACUAAAUCAUGUUCAAGAGCCACACGUGAUGAAAACAGACAAAUACAAAUUCUACUUGUACUGACUGAUAUUUAAAAUAUUAAUAAUAAAAACAAAAGCAUGGAGUUACACGCACAAAAUUAUAUAUAUAUACACAAAAUUGUAAGGGGUUAAUAUGUAUUUUAACAGAAUAUGAUUACAAAUGUAAAUACAAAGCCCAGAAAAAUAAAACUGUACACUUAUCCAGACCCACUUUAAACCAAGUAAUGACAUGAGAAAAUAAAUGAAAAAUGUUAACUGAAUGAAUUGAUUAAUACAAAUAAAACAACGGCGUUUAUGCAUUAA